AAGUUCAAGGGGCAAUAAUACAUCUAACGUCAAAGCAAAUCUUGCCUUCAGCCAGGGGUGGUUGAGGGCCUCGUAGACUGUGAUCCUCUCGGCAGGGUCCAGCAUCAGCAUGCGUCUCACCAGGUCUUUGGCGCUCUCCGAGAUGUGAGCCCACUGGCGAGGGUUCAUCUGGACAAAGACAGAACAGGGGACAGUGGGUGAGUCGAGGUGAAGGAUGUAUCGGGGGAGAAAAACGUAUAAAUAAAUGAAUAUACUUGAAGUACGUUGAACCAAGUUGCAGUCGUGGCAGAGCUUAUUACUAAAGAUUUUACUAGAAAGAAUAAAACCUGUCAAUUUAGCAGCAGCAGCAGCAGCGUGAUGGACGAUACCACUGUGUGAUCCAUCAAGCUGCCUGCAGUGACUGUGUCUGCAGCAGAUUACUGCACCAAGCAGGAAAUUCAUCCUCUCAGCUGAAAACAAAACAUUCAUCAGACCUGUUUCUCAGCGUCCACGGCUGAUACUGUCAAUUUCUUUAGCGACUCACGCUGACUUUUAGGCGGGGAUAUAUAUUUUUGCACAAAAAGCUCUGAUGCUGACAUUUGACCCGGGGACACCUUCGCCGAACAACUGUGAAGUAGCCUAGUUCACACAACGUUCCGUGAGUGCCACCUUGUAGCUGUCGCACCCUGGAGCAUAGCGACAAAGAGGAAGUUACUAAAAAAUAGGUCUGUUAUUCUCUUACCUUGUAUUUGCCUUUGAUGAUGGCCUCGAACAAGCGCUCCUUGGUGCCGUAGAAGGGAAGGCAGCCAGACAGGAGGAUGAAGAGGAUGACCCCACAUCCCCACACAUCCACCGGCUUGCCGUACGGCUCCCUCUUCACCACCUCCGGGGCCAUGAAGUGGGGAGUACCGACUCGGCCUGAAAAGAGCAGUGCGUGUUAGUAAUUCAGUAUUUAUAGAUAUACUGUCGGUGAAAAAUUGGAGGUUGAGGUGUUGGGGAAAUCUGGAGAGCCAAGUGGUGUGAUCAGGGUUUCAGGAUAAAAUUUAACUCAAGGCAUGAAUGUGUGAAAGCCUGCGUCUAUACAUUAUAAUAUUACAACGUUUAUAGAGUGACAAACAAAUAUAAAACUAACAAUUGUACUUAUUACCUCUGCAAAAGAGAUUAUGUUUUCACCCGGGCCUCUGUUUGUGGUCCGAGAAGGAACCCAUUCAUUUCUGGCACAACUCUAACAAAAGGGCUGAAUCCAGGAAGUUUUUCAAUCACUUCCUCUAACAAUGCCAAAGGUUCUUCUUGAUAUUUCCCCCCCAAUUCCCAGAGGAAAGAUUCAUGGAUCCUGAGGGGGGAACAACAGAUAUAUCUAGGGGGGCUAUGGCAAUGAGUUUGUCCAGUUUGGUGUGGGUUCAAAUGCAAUUCUACAUUGUAUCACGAUUUCUUUUGGGGGUAGGGUUUUCAUCAGCCACCUUACAGUCACUAAUCAGGCUAUAAUUGUGUGACUAGCUGAGAUAAUGUAGAUUUAGUAGAGUAUCAACUGUUUAAAUGUAUCUUAUAGUUAAAAAAAAAAAGUCCAAACGAACACGACUAAUUUGCACACCAAAUGAGCUCGACAGAGUGCUAUUCCAUUUGCCUUAUUAUUUCCAUAAGCGUGCAGAGUAUGCACAUGUUUAGUGUGAAGGCACGGAUGGGCGUUUUUCCCAGUUUGAGACUAUACCUCCAGCUACUAAUCCAGACUCUCCCAGCUGUAUCGCCACUCCAAAGCCUCCCAGCUUGACUGGAGCCGAGUUCUCCUUUGAGGCCAACAGCACACAGUGAGGCUGCAGAGGAAGAAGAAAAGACCGGUUCAACAAUACGUGUACGACCCAAAUAAGUAUUUUUCAAUAGGUUAAAAUUGGACAACCCAUGAUGGACGUCACAUCCAUUAAAACCUCAGACAAUCCAGGUAAGAGUUUACGUGGUGCUGAUCCUUUUUACUGACAAAUAGUCAUUUCUUUGCAGAGCAAUGCUUUGCAAGAUCCCGUAUGUUCGAUUGACGAUAACCACACUUUCACAUUGACAAGACAAGAUGCAUACAUAAAACCACAUGUUUUUUUGAAACGUAUACAGACAUGAAACAGUUGUUGUUCCGGGACUAAGUCGGUGCAUAAUAAACACACAGAAAAGGCCAAACCAAGUUCCUGGUCCCCGUUUCCAGUGAAUACGAGUUUGUAUCUGCAUGAUUGUCUGUAAAGCAUUGUAAACACUGACACAACUUAUUUGCAUGGAAGUUACAUUUCAGGGGGAAGCAGGUUCUAAAAAGAUCAGCUUUUUUUUCCACUGAAGGUUGAAGCCUGUUUUACCAGGCGGCCACACUCACCAGCAGAAUAACACAAUCGUUUCCUCAAUCUUUAUUAUUAAAUUACUGUUUCAGUUUAUUCUCUCUGUCUCGAGCUAUACUGUGAUGUUGUUAACAAGCUGACAACCGGUUUUACUUUAUGACAGGACCAGUAAGUGUGUGCAAAAGUAAGCUAGAGAGUUCAACAAGUUCAAGUGUAAAUUUAUGGUCAAUAUAUAUAUAUUUCAAUAGGUUAAAGUAGGGACAAUCUCAGCCAGCCUUAAAUCAAAUUCACCUAUUAACUUGUGAGAGGCACUGCACAUACUGGAUUCAUCCCUGACUUUAUUGAUGUCAAUGAUCCGGCGCGCCAUAUUAAAAGCACACCUGCUGCCUCUGAGAAAUAAAUAUAGUGGUCCUGCAGGUUUGAGUGAAGGAAAGGUACAAGACGGUGCUAAAUGAUAGAUGAAGCUCAGGAACAGGGUAGAUGGGGGGAUGUGGUGGUAGUCUCGCUUCCUGUCGCCGCAUUUCUAUGUUUCACAUAUAGGGGAAAUGGCAGGUUGCAGAUUGUGGGGUGGGGGGUGUUGACUGAGGCGGAGCGAGAUCAGAGAGAGGGAAGAAGACGCUGAGAGAAGAUCACCGGCAGACUAAACAGUCGUAUAUGCAGGAGAAGUGGAGAGAAUAAAGUUUUUCCGUGAAGAGAGGACGAGGACCAAUACAGAAAACGAUUGCAAGCUGAGGCGGGGGGGGGACGAAGAGGACCAGACGCUGUCAAAAUGGAUAUGAAAAAGAUUUAUGACUCAUUCAGAGAAAGCUUUUGAAGUUUGAUGGAGGAAAACACACAGUGGACGACCUCCCUGCACAUUCACACACGUUCGAGCUGCAGCUGUGCCGUGUCUCCCAUGGAGCGGAGAGUGCUGAGCCUGACUGAAAACCCUACAGUAGUCCCUCCUCAGCCACAAUGACCUCUUUUGCCCCCUCAUCUUCUUUCCCCUUCACUCUUUCAGCUUCUGCAUCAUCCAACACCUCAUUAUCUACCUCUGCUUCAUCCCUUCCUCUUUCAAUGUCCUCUUUCCCCCCUUCCUUCUCCCCAAUCAAAACUUCCUGUCAUUUACCGGAUGACGAAGCCCUCCGAUGGACGCUGGUAAUCUUCUACUCCCUCUUCUUUCUCUUUGGGAUUGUGGGUAACCUCUUUGCAUUGUGGGUGUUCCUUCACCUGCACUCGAGCCGCAAUUCUGUGAGAGUAUUCCUCAUCAACUGUGCUGUGGCUGAUCUGGUCCUGCUGGCGUGUCUGCCCUUCAGGGUCUUCUACCAUAUCAAUGGAAACAAGUGGGUUCUGGGAAAUGUGGCAUGCAAGCUGGUGGGAACUCUAUUUUAUAUGAACAUGUACAUAAGUAUCACGUUACUGGGAUUCAUCAGCUUGGACAGAUACUUAAGGCUGAAGAGGAAAGGUAGAGCGCUGAGAGGCAUGUGUGGGAGCAGCCGCUCAUCGAGCUGGGUGGCAUGUGGGGUUCUGUGGGGUCUGUCACUGAUGGCGCUGGUGUCCUUGAUUGUCAAGGCAGACGGCAAAAAGGACAGCGACCAGUGCUUCGAGUACAAGCAGCUACACGCCGCCAGAGGGAAGGCCUACUUCAACGCUGUGCUGGUGGUGCUGUUCUGGCUCGUCUUCAUCACGCUCGUGGUCUCCUAUGCGAAGAUCGCCUCCCAGAUGCUGAGGGUGUCCCAGGACAGACCGGACUUUGCCAACGCGCCGAAAUACAAACGCACCGCCAAGAAAUCUUUCUUCGUCCUCUUUCUGUUCACCGUGUGUUUCGGACCCUACCACGCCUUCCGGCCCUUCUACAUCCACUCGCAGCUCGGCACAGAGGUCUCGUGCGACUACAUGCAGCUGAUGGACCGCACCAACGAGGUGAUGCUGCUGUUCUCCGCUUUCAAUAGCUGUUUGGAUCCGGUCAUGUACUUUCUGCUAUCUGGCUCGGUUCGCAAAUCCGCACUGCAAGUGCUUGGGCAGCGAUUUGGAAACCGGCUAUCCCUCCACGAUGCAACAUCCAACAGCUCGACGGUGGUUUUCAGGCGGGCGUCUGUGCCUGUGGGGUUACCUAAACCUGAACUAAACGUCCCCUCCGUCACACCGAGAGUCAGCAUCUGUGUCAUCAGCUCCACCCUCGACCGCACAGGAUUGACUGUGCUUCCACCUACUGGCCAAAACUGAUCCCUAGUUUGAACACUGGAGAAAUAAACGCCUUAUUUUUUUUGACAUGGGUCGGACUGAAGAAAAAAAAUGGCAUUUAGACAUAUACUGACUUCACGUGUCAAAUUCAUUGUGUUCUUCACGUCUCAUCUUCUGUGCUGCAAAUGGAAAGUAUUUAAAUUCUGCUUUAAUGCCUGGGAGACGGACUGACAAUACAGACUGAUGAGAGACACGGCAGUGAACACUAGGACCGAAGCCUUUCUAGUAAUGCAUGUUAUGUUUAUUUGCUAUCACGCAGUGCUGUAAUGUUUCUGAAAAUAUUCAUAAGAGUGGAUUUAAGAGUGGAAGUAAACCUGGAGAAUAAUGUUCAAACAAGUCCAAUGCUUUUUUGUUGAAAGAUUCAAUAAUUUGUAGUAUCCUGUUUAUUUGGAAAGUAAAGAGACCUAAAUACAGACUUAACAA